UCUAAUAAAAGGCUGCUUUCCUUUCUAUUCUGUCUCUCUCUUUCUCCUAUCUGCUGUUCUCUCCCACUCUCUCUCCUUCCUGUCUUUUCUGCCAACCAACCUAGCACAGCACUCUUAACUUCGGACAGAAAAUGCAGAACAAUAAAAGCAACACUGGAGUACAGGAAUAUGGUAUGUCUCGCUGUAAAAUCUCCCCCACCUUCAAGCGGUGCCCUCUAUGAACAUGGUCUCAUCCAUCUGCCAGUGUGUUUGGAGGACAGCUUUGAUUUAUGAAAGAAGUGGAUCUUAAAUUUACCAGUUGGAUGUAUCGUGUCCUGUUGAUGAGAGUUCACUUUGAAAUCCACUUGAGAAGGAUAUCUUUGGACAGUACGGCUUCUACCAGUGUUUUUCUAAUGAGAGUGUGUGUCCUUUGUGUUCUUUUGGCUCUGCAAAUGAUGGUUAAUCCUAUACUGUGGCUGCAUCAACCACUAGAAUAUACUUGAUUUGGUGAUGGUCGUUUUACUUUUGAAUAAUGGACAAUGCUUGUUGCCUGUAGAAAUUGUAGUAUUUUCUCUCUGGUAAUGGUGAAAAAGACUGUAAAAAGGGUUGCAUGACAAUGGUGACAGGAUGACAUUGUGCUUCACAUGCAUUCUACCCAAAUCUUUAUAUGUAAAAUGUCACAGACACCAGUUCUUCAUGAUGUAAGACUGCAAGAGAACAACAAACCGCAGACUGAGAAGGAAAAAGAGGCAGAACAAGAAGAGGAUGACGAGAGAGAAGAAGAGGGUCAUCUUGAGUUGGGUGUGACCUCUUUAUGCCCGUCCUGUAAGCGUGGUUUUGACGUUGCCCUUCUCCUGCCCUGCUCCCACACCCUGUGCGGAAGCUGUGUAACGGCGGGCCAAAGGGCAAGGACUCCCUGUGGUGCCACCCGCUCUCCCAACCACCGCUUUCCCGGUCCCUAUCUUUGUGCAGUACUGUGCCCAUGCUGUCGCCACUCUGUGGAACUGCCGUGUUGGGAUUGGGCUUUUGCCACCUGCAGCUUGCCCCUAAAUCCGACCCUGACUCCAGAUUGGACAGCCAGUAGAGCUGAGGAUCUGACGCAAGGAGAGAUCGUGAAGGCUUCUUUACAGUUUUUACAGAAGGAGAAGGGGAAAAGGAGAAACCACUGCGAGUUUUGGAUGCUAACCCUCUACGGGAUGCGGACUCGCAGCGCACUGAGCGUCUUGAUGUGCGUGAUGAGCUGCGCAUGCCUGCACUCUGGGCUCGCGUCAAGAUUGAAGUCUCCAGCUCUGCCCAUCCAGUCAGAAAGGGAGCCUUUACCUUCCAAGGGAAUGUCAGGAUGUUCAUUUGGAGGGAGAUUCUUUUUGCUGGAGGACACGUGGCACCCAGACCUGGGGGAGCCAUUUGGGGUCAUGCACUGUGUUCAGUGUUACUGCGAGCCACAGAGGGGUCGUAAGGGGAAGGUGUUGGGCAAAGUGAGCUGUAAGAACAUAAAGCAGGACUGUCCUGAGCCCAGCUGUGAUGACCCCGUGCUGCUCCCGGGACAGUGUUGCAAGACCUGCCCCCAAGGUGAAGCGGACAGGAAGCAAGCGGAGGCAGUGUUUGACAGCUUCGAGUACUUCCAGGAGAAGGAGAAGGAGGAUGACCUACACAAGUCCUACAAUGACCGCUCAUACCUCAGCUCUGAGGACAUUUCCCCUGGGGAGAGCCGCACUGACUUUGUUGCAGUGUUGACGGGAGUUAAAGACUCCUGGCCAGCCAGGUCCAGUGGUGUGGCUCGAGCCCGAUUCUCCCUUACCCGAACCAGCCUGACCUUCUCCAUCACUUACCAGAGAUUUGCGCGUCCCAGCAGAGUUGUCUUCCUUGAUUCAGAUGGAAGCACAGCAUUUGAGUACAAGGUCCCUAAAGGACUGAAAGACAUGAUCUGUGGCGUGUGGAAGAAUCUUCCUAAAUCACACAUACGACAACUACAGGCAGAACAACUUCGUCUUACCAUGACCACUGUCGCUGGGAAACAGGAGGAGAUCGAGGGAAAGAUCAUCAAACACAGAGCGUUGUUCGCAGAGACGUUCAGUUCCACCCUGAUCUCGGAAAAGGAGCAUUCCGGGAUGGGAGGCAUCGCCAUGCUGACUCUGAGUGACACGGAGAACAAUCUGCACUUCAUCCUCAUUCUGCAGGGACUGAUUGAACCCAGUGAGAGUGACACUCCCCUGGUGCCCAUCAGGGUACGACUGCAGUACCGCCAACACGUCCUGAGAGAGAUCCGUGCCAACAUCACUGCACAUGACCCAGACUUUGCAGAAGUGCUGAUGGACCUGAACAGUCGGGAGCUCUUCUGGUUGUCAAAGGGACAGCUGGAGAUCACUGUGGAGACCGUGGGCCAGGAUCCGCGACACAUCUCUGGCUUCAUCACUGGCAGGAAGUCAUGUGACACCAUCCAGAGCGUCAUGUCCAGUGGUGAUGCUCUGAGUCCUGGAAAGACCGGUGGCAUGGGGUCAGCGGUCUUCAAUCUCCAUGACAACGGCACCCUAGACUACCAGGUCCAGGUCGUAGGCGUAUCCAGCGAGGUGGUGGGGUUGACCAUCGAGGUGAAGCCUCGGCGGCGCAGCAAGCGCUCAGUGCUGUACGACCUGACCCCGGAGUUCCACGGGCCCAGUGGGCGGGCUGUGGGGAGCUGGAGUCGGCUGGAGGCGCGCCACAUCCACAUGCUGCUUCAGAACGAGCUGUUCGUCAACGUGGCCACUGCACACAGCCAGGACGGGGAGCUGCGCGGACAAAUCAAAGCUUUGUUCUACAGCGGCCUGGAGGCUCCCAGACAUGAGAUCCCUGUCCCUCUGGCUGGCCAGUUUGUGUCCCCCCCGGUCCGGACUGGUGCUGGGGGCCACGCCUGGGUGUCAGUGGACGAACGCUGCCAUCUCCACUAUGAGAUUGUGGUGGCAGGCCUCAGCAAAGCGGAUGACCUCACAGUCAGCGCACACCUUCACGGAUUGGCCGAGAUCGGAGAGCUGGACGAGACCAGCAUCAAUCACAAGAGACUGCUGACCGGUUUCUAUGGCGCGCAGGCCCAGGGUGUGUUGAAGGACAUCAGUGCAGAGCUGCUCCGUCACCUGGACAGAGGCACAGCCUUCAUCCAGGUCAGCACCAAGGUCAACCCCCGAGGAGAGAUACGUGGAAGGGUCCAUGUGCCUAAUAACUGUGAGUUCGGGACCAGGAGUGAGGUGGACGAGACGGAGUUCGAUGCCAUGUUUAUACGUGACCCUGAGGAGUUGAAGAAAGACCCCCACACCUGUUUCUUUGAGGGUCAACACUACGCCCACGGGUCACGAUGGACCCCGAACUACAACAACUGUUUCACCUGCAGCUGUCAGAAGCGCACAGUGAUCUGUGACCCAAUCAUCUGUCCGGUUCUCACCUGCUCACGGACUAUCCAGCCAGAGGACAGGUGCUGUCCCGUGUGUGAUGAGAGAAAAGAACCCAAGGACGUGAAGGCUCCAGAGAGGCUAGACGAGCAUCCAGAAGGUUGUUACUUUGAGGGGGACCAGAAAAUGCAUGCCCCUGGGACGACGUGGCAUCCAUUUGUCCCCCCGUUUGGCUACAUCAAGUGUGCUGUCUGCACCUGCAAGGGGGCGACUGGCGAGGUACACUGUGAGAAGGUAACGUGUCCAGCCCUGAAAUGUAGUCGUCCAGUACGCCGUAGCCCCUCGGACUGCUGCAAAGAGUGCCCGGGUGACCACAGCCCCCCCGCGGAGCACGCCGAUAUGAUGCAGGCUGAUGGGACGCGCCACUGCAAGUUCGGGAAGAACUACUACCAGAACAGCGACAACUGGCACCCCCGCGUGCCUCUGGUGGGGGAGAUGAAGUGCAUCACCUGCUGGUGUGACCAUGGUGUGACCAAGUGUCAGAGGAAGCAAUGUCCAAUCCUGACCUGCAGUAACAUCAUCCGGAGAGAAGGCCACUGCUGUCCCGAGUGCCAAGACUCCAAAGAGGAAGAGGAAGAGUUGAUCAAAGGUCUGGAAAAGAAGAAGAGCUGGAGACCCCCACACUGAGCUGAGAACCCCACCACAAAACGACCUUCCCUACCUACCUACCUACCUACCUACCUACCCCUCAUGGGCUGGCCUGGACCUGCACACUGGGUCACCUAACACCCUGAAAACCUGGACGAUAUAACCCUUGACCCUCCCAUACCCACAACUUCGGGCCUGUUUACAUUAUGAGAGAGAGAAUAAAAGGCUAGAUAGAUUUAUCGUAGUUUGCAUAAUAAUUUCCAUAGAGUUAGAAUUUACACCACCACGUGCCCACCACGUGCCACACGCGGUUGUCAGUCGCAAGAAAAUCAAGAAAAAUGCGUUUUCGCAGCACAGAAACCUGAAACAGUACCAAAAUAAUCUUCCCAAUUGCAAAACUCCAGAAGGUGAUGUCUCGAGCUAUCGAUAUGUGCAAGUUUACACAACAAAACAAUCUAGCGUCCCGAGUCUUCUUCACUAUGUCUCGGGAAAUGUUGCGUAGUCUAAACAAGCCCUAAAUCAGCCUCUGGAUUGUAAUGAACAAGGAAAUGCAGAGGAAGAGGAACCUCCAGGUGUCUUGGAGGGCCUGAGACCAGACAGUCCACAAAGACUAACUAAAAUAAUGGAACCAAACCAGAUAUGAAGUGGACCAACCAGAACUGUUACAGCUCUCUUUUGACUUUAGUUAUGCUUUUUUCUUCUUUGCUUCCUCUUGAUAAUGCUUGCCCUUUCAAAUAGCAGUAUACUGUACAAGGUCUACAGACACAUACACACAUAUACACACACACAAACACACACCAGACACUAUUUGUUGUUUUGUUGUUAAAAUUAAUGUGUUGCAUGUCAGAUUGAGUUUCAUUGUACAUGGUUUGUACUGAUUGAUUUGACUGGAUUUAUUUCUGAAAUUCAGAUAUAAAUGUUUGUGUGUGUGUUUGUGUGUAUAUUUUUCAAAGAUUUGAUGGUGUUUACUGAUAGAUAUGAUUGACAGGACUUUUUGAAGUUCUGCCCUAAGUGUGUGUUUGAGUUUUCCAGUGGUAAAAAGCCUUGCUAAACAGAGAUGCAAACAUACCAUGCAAUAAACUUACUGGGUGGCUAGAUGGAAACACACACACACACACAAAACCUAGGCUGUGCAUCAGUGACUAUCUCAUAAACCAGCACCACACGUAUUUCCUUUCAAGCUGUCCAGUCAGUGUGGCAGAACAUUGCACUGGCAAAAGCACAUCACAUCCUAGAAUCUGUUUCAAUCGCUUGUUGAGGAGACUUGAAAAUAACUUCACAUAAACUGGUGGACACGAUCAAACUUUACAGAGACACUAAUUUUGGCUUCAUGUCCAGCUCUCUGUCUGGUACCAGUCAUCUAUUGCACCUCUAUCUGGUUGGCUGUUCUUUAUUUUGGUAAUAUGUAUUAUUUUAUAAUAAGUUGUAUUAGUGUUGAUGUUAUUAUGAAUCUUGUUUGUAUUUUGUAUUUAUUGAACGUGUGA